GCCCCGCAGGCCGGGAGCUGCGGAAACCGUGACCUAACGACCGCCGAGAUCGAGCCCAGCUUCCCGCGCGCUCACGUGACCCUUCGAUUGUCACGCGGGCGCCGCUCACCUGACCAGGACCUCACGUGGGCUCAGCCUGCUGUGAGGGAGCUCGCCGGUGGGCCAUGGCAGGCUGCAGGCUCUGGGUUUCGCUGCUGCUGGCGGCGGCGUUGGCUUGCUUGGCCACGGCGGUGUGGCCCUGGCCCCAGUACAUCCAAACCUACCACCGGCGCUACACCCUGUACCCCAACAACUUCCAGUUCCGGUACCAUGCCGGCUCAGCCGCGCAGGCGGGCUGCGUCGUCCUUGACGAGGCCUUUCGACGCUACCGUAACCUGCUCUUCGGUUCCGGCUCUUGGCCCCGACCCAACUUCUCAAGAAAACAGCAAAUGUUGGGGAAGAACGUUCUGGUUGUCUCCGUCAUCACAGCUGAAUGCAAUGAGUUUCCUAACUUGGAGUCAGUAGAAAAUUACACCCUAACCAUAAACGAUGACCAGUGUUUACUUGUCUCUGAGACUGUCUGGGGUGCCCUCCGAGGUCUGGAGACUUUCAGUCAGCUCGUUUGGAAAUCAGCUGAGGGAACAGUGAGUAUGGACUCUCCAGGAGGCUCUGGGUUCUUUAUCAACAAGACGAAGAUUAAAGACUUUCCCCGUUUCCCUCACCGGGGCUUACUGCUGGAUACAUCUCGUCAUUACCUGCCAUUGUCUAGCAUCCUGGACACACUGGACGUCAUGGCGUAUAAUAAAUUCAAUGUGUUCCACUGGCACCUGGUGGACGACUCUUCCUUCCCGUAUGAGAGCUUCACUUUCCCAGAGCUCACCAGAAAGGGGUCCUAUAACCCUGUCACCCACAUCUAUACAGCACAGGAUGUGAAAGAAGUCAUUGAAUAUGCACGGCUUCGGGGUAUCCGUGUGCUGGCAGAAUUUGACACUCCUGGCCACACUUUGUCCUGGGGGCCAGGUGUUCCUGGGUUAUUAACUCCUUGCUACUCUGGGACCCACCCUUCUGGCACCUUUGGACCAGUGAAUCCCAGUCUCAACAGUACCUACGACUUCAUGAGCACAUUCUUCUUGGAAAUCAGCUCUGUCUUCCCGGACUUUUAUCUUCACCUGGGAGGAGAUGAAGUUGACUUUACCUGCUGGCGGUCCAACCCCAAUAUCCAGGCCUUCAUGAAGAAAAAGGGCUUUAAUGACUUCAAGCAGCUAGAAUCCUUCUACAUCCAGACGCUGCUGGACAUCGUCUCUGAUUAUGACAAGGGCUAUGUGGUGUGGCAGGAAGUGUUUGAUAAUAAAGUAAAGGUUCGGCCAGACACAAUCAUACAGGUAUGGCGAGAGGAGAUACCAGUAGAUUACAUGAAGGAGAUGGAACAGAUCACUAAGGCUGGCUUCCGGGCCCUGCUUUCUGCUCCCUGGUACCUGAACCGAGUAACUUAUGGCCCUGACUGGAAGGACAUGUACAAAGUAGAGCCCCUGGCAUUUCAUGGUACCUCUGAACAGAAGGAUCUGGUCAUUGGAGGGGAGGCCUGUAUGUGGGGAGAGUAUGUGGACAGCACAAACCUAGUCCCCAGGCUCUGGCCCAGAGCCGGUGCUAUUGCCGAGAGACUAUGGAGCAGCAACCUGACAAAUAAUAUGGACUUUGCCUUUAAACGUUUGUCGCAUUUCCGCUGUGAGCUGCUGAGGAGAGGAGUCCAGGCCCAGCCCAUCAGUGUAGGCUACUGUGAGCAGGAGUUUGAGCAGACUUGAGCCGGCAGCACUGAGCACCCAGGAGGGUGCUGGCCCUAAGAGAACAGUCACGGUGCCAAGCUGCCACCGUCUCCCUGCCAGGGGACAGAGCCCCUUGCCCACGUGCCCCUGUGACUACAGAGGAGGAGGCUGGUGCUGGCACUGGUGUUCAAUAAAGAGUGAUGUGGCAUUUUCUCUGA